CCUUCAGUCACGUAGAGGGCGCCAUUAGCAACGAAGUGAUCCGUAUUGACCAGGAAGAUUGUUCAUGUGAUGUCUUUAAAUUUGGAGAAAAUAUUCGACUGGGUUUGUCACUUGAUGAAGUUGGCCCGUAUUGCAAGGUGUUGAUACGUCAGUAACUAUCAUCCGAUUGUUUUCAGCAUUAAACAGAGUUUUUCUGGAAGAAACUUUAACUUCAACACCCAUAAUUAGCCAUCAUCUAGUUACCGCAGAAGGUACUUUUUAGCAAUGAGAACGUUGGACCUAACACGAACGUGCCACAUUUUAGUUCUUUCGUUUUGUUCAGAAAUAUGUUUUGCAAAUACUUGGUGGGGAAUGACGAAUACUGGCGCUGACAUGCAAAAAAUGUGCGCACCCUCAACCAAGUGGGACGGUGUUGAAAGGAGUUGUGUUACUUUCCCAAGCUGUGGCUACAGAAUACCAAUGCUAUACUUUGUGUUUAUACACAAGGCCAUGUGACAGCUUCCGUUGGCGGCAGACAACGCGACUCUGCCAACUUCGAAACAGCGUGGAGAAAACAAGUGAUCCUUUAUUAUUUGUUCAUAAGGAGUAUAAAGGAAUAGCUGAGCCCUUAUGCAUGAGUGCGAAGCACGCAUGUGCUCAUCGGCCUUGUCGGAACUACGAAGUGUGCAUACCUGUACUGGCUGCCGUUCAUCACAUCUGUCUGCCAAUAGCGGAUUUGCCAGGAGCCCAAGACACCACGCCGGCAACACACACAGCCGUCGAUGGAAUGACGACAGUGAUGUUUCCUCCCUCGUCAACAUUGACCAGCGUUAAUCAAAUGAGUACCAAUAUGACCACUACGACUGUGGCAACAUCGUCAGCACUGGCCAGUGAAACCACUGAAUCAUCAGCGCUGGCCAGUGAAACCACUGAAUUACCAUCUUCACUGGCCAGUGAAAGCACUGAAUCACCAUUUUCACUGGCUAGUGAAACCACUGAAUCACCAUCGCCACUGGCUAGUGAAACCACUGAAUUACCAUCACCGCUGGCCACUGAAACCACUGAAUUACCGUCACCGGUGGCUAGUGCAGAAUCGUCAGCACCGACCAGUAUAACAGCAUCAGCGGUGACCAGUGCCAUCACCGACAGAUCGUCUGCCUCGACUAGUGAAUCAACCAGACCUCCAAACACAACCACUUCUCAACAGCUAUAUACUUACACCUAUCUUGGAUGCUACAACGACAGCUGGACUCGCGCACUCAACGGGUCCUCCCUCGAGUCUUCAACUAUGAACCACAACAUGUGUUUCCAGCACUGCUGGCCGUAUAAAUAUGCUGGCUUAGAGUUCUCAGAUGAGUGUUUUUGCGAUGACGUCCAAGCACCCGGCCAUACACUUCAAAAUGAUUCCAACUGCAACAACGCCUGCUCGGGCAAUUCAGACGAGACGUGUGGGGGUUACUGGUUCAUAGAAAUCUAUGAAUUAGUUCAAACAUGAUUCCCUGGCGUGAAUGAUGACGUAAAUGCCCUGUCUCCACAAACCAUGAAGAUCCGAGUUAGAAUUGAUAUUCAGUAACCCAUGCUUGUCGUAAGAGGCGACAAACGGGAUCGGGUGGUCGGGCUCGCUGACU